UUGGAGCAUUGAGAUUGCAACGUCGCUCUCUCCACCACAUCUCACCAUUGCGGUAGGAGCGGGCAAAACACAUUCACCAUCAUCAUCAUCAGCAGCAGCAGCAGCAGAAACAGCAGCAGCAGUAACAGCAUUGGGAAAGAGAGGGAGGGAGAGAGAGAGAGAGAGAGAGAGAGAGAGAGACCUUGCAGGCAUCGCUCACUUGUUCCUGCGCGUCACAAUCCAGGAGGCGAGUGUUCUCUCGCUCUCUGCCUGAGUUUAUCGCACAUCAGGAGGAGGACGUUAAACCAGGGAAGGACAUAGAACCACAGCUCUCGGGUCGGUCAGUCCUGCAGCGCAGCCACACAGCGAAGCGGGGUGGACAACUUUUGGCUCUUGCCUUCUCCGUAACCUUGGAAGUCGGACCCGAUCGUUGCGAGAGAGGAUGAUGGGACCGCUGCUCCUUUCCAUCGCCCUGUGCGUGAGCGCCGCUGUCCCGCAGCAUGUGGAAGCAGAUGGUGAGGAACCAACUUCAGCAGGGCCUUGCCAUCCAAACCCUUGCCACAACAGGGGAACAUGUGAGAUCAGUGAGACCUACAGGGGCGACACUUUCAUAGGCUACGUCUGCAAGUGUCCACCAGGCUUCAGUGGAGUUCACUGCCAACACAAUAUUAAUGAAUGUGAGAGGGAUCCAUGCAGGAAUGGGGGUAUUUGCAAGGAUCUGGUCGCCAACUAUUCCUGUGAAUGUCCAGGGGAGUACAUGGGGAGAAACUGUCAAUACAAAUGCUCUGGACCGCUGGGCAUGGAGGGCGGGAUAAUCUCCAACCAACAGAUAACGGCCUCUUCUACCCACCGCGCUCUCUUCGGCCUGCAGAAGUGGUACCCUUACUUUGCGCGCCUCAACAAGAAGGGCCUGGUCAACGCCUGGACCGCUGCCGAAAAUGACAGAUGGCCAUGGAUCCAGAUCAAUCUGCAGCGGAGAAUGAGGGUCACGGGCCUAAUUACCCAGGGUGCAAAGCGCAUCGGCAGCCCAGAGUACGUCAAGUCUUACAAAGUUGCCUACAGUGAUGAUGGAAAGACCUGGAGAACGUACAAAGUCAAGGGCAAAGAUGACGAUAUGAUUUUCAGAGGCAACGUUGAUAACAACACUCCAUCAGCCAACUCCUUCACCCCUCCCAUUGAAGCCCAGUAUGUGCGCAUGUACCCCCAAGUCUGCAGGAGGCACUGUACCCUACGCAUGGAGCUGCUCGGUUGCGAGCUAACAGGUUGUUCAGAGCCACUGGGAAUGAAGUCCGGCCAUAUCCAGGACUACCAGCUCACGGCCUCCAGCAUCUUCAGGACGCUCAACAUGGACAUGUUCACCUGGGAACCAGGGAAAGCCCGUUUGGACAAACAAGGCAAGGUCAACGCUUGGACGGCUGGACACAGUGACCAGUCACAGUGGCUACAGAUGGACCUGCUCGUGCCAACCAAGGUCACAGGCGUCAUCACCCAGGGAGCUAAAGACUUUGGCCACGUCCAAUUUGUUGGCUCGUACAAAAUCGCUUACAGUAACGACGGAGAGCGGUGGAGUAUAUAUCAAGACGAGAAACAAGGAAAGGACAAGAUCUGA